AUGAAUCGUGAAGGAUUACUUGAAUUGAUGAAACAAAAAGAUGAUAUUGAAAAAGAAUUAAAUGAUUUAGCAAAUGAACUUAAAUUACAAAAUAAUGUUGGAAUGACAGAAGAACUUGUCGAUAAAGAAGGAUAUCCAAGAAAUGAUAUUGAUCUUGUUCGAGUACGUCAAAUAAGACAACGCGUUAUCUGUUUACAAAAUGAUCAUAAAGCAUUGAUGAAACAAAUCGAAGCGGGUCUCAUACAAGUUCAUGAAAAUAAUCCUUCGAAUACUACUGAAUCAAUAACGACAGCUCCUAUCAAUGCCAGUUUACCUCACAAAGAACCAUUUUUACGUGUUGAUAUUGUUAGUACUCAAUCACCUGCUGAAAUAGCUGGUCUUCAUGUUGGUGAUCUUAUUUGUCGUAUUGGUACCAUACGUAAAGAUAAUUUUCGUACAAUACAAGAUGUUGCAUCACUUGUCAACAAUAGUGAAAAUCGUUCAAUUACAUUACUUGUUCAACGUGCUAAUACAAAAGAACAACAAACAUUAACAUUAAUACCAAAAAAAUGGUCUGGCAAUGGUUUAUUAGGAUGUAAAUUAACACCAUUGAGUUGA